CAACAACAUACCCCUUUCCCACAUACAUUUUCGAUUUAGACAAAACUAAUUUGUCCGACUCAAAGAACAUGCGAAAACCGUGUUUGUUCAGCAACGACCUGAAAAAUAAAUUCUUACGCACUUCUAGAACAAACAACACUUGGUUUAGAGAUAGUUCCUUGCCCGAGGUCAUCUUGAGGACCACCUUGCCUAUUCCUUCCACAGCGGAAUGGGCUGAAUUUCCCAUCCAUAUCUUCUCUCCAUUUGAGUCCUCAAAGGUAGUGAAUAGCUCCUGGUUUGAGCAAAUGUGUUGGGUAGCUCCGGUGUCCUCAAACCAUUCCUUGGAGUUUGAGCAAACUAGGUUGACCUCGGUCACCACAGCGGAGAAGAUUAUUUCCUCCUCCUCUUUAAUUACCACCUCACACCACGUUGACUUGAGAGUCUUUCUUAUUCUUUGGUGCUUUGCAAUCUGAGGACUUCUGUUCAUUUUUGUUGCAAUUGAAGCAUUUUCCAUUAAACUUGGGUUUGGAAACGCCUCCCUUGGGACAGAGCUUGUUCUUCCCAUUGUUCUGGGAUUUGGAGCCUUUAGCAUGCUCCACCACAUUGGCCUUGGCACCACUAACGAUUGGAAGUUUUCCAUCGUUCUUGGUGAUUGUCCUCUUCAAUCUGGAGACGUAGGAUCAAUUGCUCCAAGUUCAUCUCCUUACGCGUGUGCUUAAGGUAGUUCUUGAAGUCCUUCAAUGUCGGCGGCAAUAGGUGGAUGAUUGACGCCACUUGGAAAGAUUCACUAAUCGUCAUCCCCUCAUCUUGAAUCUCAUUGAAGAUCAUUUGAAUCUCCUCAACUUGACUCAAAACCGUCUUUGAAUCCACCACUUUAAAGUCAAGGAAAUGACCAACAACAAAUUUCUUUGCGCCGGCAUCCUCGCUUUUGUACUUGUGGUCUAAAGCGUUCCAUAGCUCCUUAGUUGUGGCUAGCUUGCUAUCGACAUCAUACAGAGCAUCUUGCACCCCGUUCAACACAUAAUUUCAGUAAAGGAGGUCUGAAUGCUUCCACGCCUCAACCGCAUUGACAAAUUGCGCAUCCAUCUGUUGUUCUUUUAAAACCGACACAUCCUCGGUCAAGAACCUUGCAAAACUGAGGGUGGUAAGAUAGAAGAGCAUCUUUUGCUCCCACCUCUUAAAGUUUAACCCAUUGAACUUUUGGGUUUCUCCACAGAGUUACUUGGCACUGUAACCAUAGGGAUUGCCUCUUGGUUGGCCAAAGCAGAUGUUCCGCAUUGUGAACCAGUGUGCACCGGAACCCCGCUUUCAGAGUGAGUUUCAUUUUGUCCAACAAGAACAUUUUGGUUAUCAUGAGAUGCCAUUUUCCUUCCUUUCUCUUUUUGAAAAAACACACUGAAUUAGUUUUAAGAUUGUAACCAUAGAGAAACAAUCUUCAUUAAAACUAAACAAAAACACUGAGUUAGUUUUUAAGUUUGUUUCUGUAGUGAAACAACUUUCGUAAAAUGAAUUAGUUUUAAGAUUGUAGGGAGAAUAGUGUUUUUCUUUCGUUCUUUUAAUUUCCGAAAUUAAGAAAUUAACAAAUUGGCCGAAGGAACUAGACAAAGAACUGGCACGGGUUCAGUCAAAGCCUGUGCACCGCACACUAUCCUUAAAACUAAUUCACUGCCUUCCACGGUGCUAGGAGCGUUGCAGUGUCAGUUUCCCGGGAUAUGAUGACUAACGAACAACCGUAUCGAGCACUCAAUAGGUUUUUCUGGUGAACUGGAACAAAGGGUAGAACUCAGUGAGUUUUAUCGGAAGUUUGACAGAGUUUUUCUCUCAAGACUAUGCAAAUUGCAAACGAGUAUUUUGUGUGCUCAAAUCGUGUGUUCUCUCUUGUUGUUUUGUCACUUCUAUCACACCCUCAAUUCAAAAUCUACUGCCAAGCAUUUAUAGGGGAGGAGGAGUCUUUGUAUUAAAUAUGCAUUCAACACCACACUUAUUGUGUGAAACCACCCAUUAAACACACACUUAUUGUGUUGUAAUGGGUUUGAACGUUUCAGGCCAUUAACCAUGUAAUUAAACCAUAUUUUAAUCACAUUUUCCAGUUUCUAACCAUUAGGAAACGUUUGAAACUCUAGCAGUUCAAGGAGAGGUUAGAACGACCAUUAUCUGACGAUAGAGUUCUACGUUUAGUUCUACCUUCAGAAAUUUCCAACUUCUCCAUCUCAACAAGUGAACUUCAAAAAUCAAUUUCUCAUUCACCCAUUAUCCAUUUUGAGUGUACCACAUAUCGAAUUGAACCCCUUACAAAAGGAGAAUUUGAAACCACUUUGACCUGACCCAGAUCAGAAGUGGGCCCUACUCAAAAUAUUGCCCGAAAAUAGCCAUUUAAUGCAAUUUUUUCAAGAGGAGGAGGUGAAACUUAGAGAAGUAGUGAUUUGUCCAGAGGACUCCCUAGAAUCCCAUAAAGAAACUCCAAACGAUUUGCAGAAAGCUUCAGAACUAAAGGAGCUAAAAGAAUAUUUCCGACUAUUUGUCACAAACUUAAUUCCCUUCUAGUGAGAGAGGGUCUGCCUUCUCUCUGAACCCGCCACCCACAACUGGAAAUGUCAACACUCAAUCCCACCGGCAACCAUGAACCAAAAUCUUCCUACGCUGCAGUUCUAUCCACCAGCCGUCCCCCGCCUAAAACCACCACACUAUCCCAUGAGCAACCUCUAAACGUCGCGCCCACCGGUCCCAACUCCGACCAACCACCACUGCACCUAGUCUUCAAGAAACCGACCACCCUCAAGGGUUUACCGACAGUCUCCUUUUCACAAGAGGAAGUCAAUGCACUCUCAAGCAAACUCACCUUCUCCUUAAUGGGAUCCUUCCUUUAUGGAAUCCCAAAGCUUGCUACUACUAGGAUUGCCUUCCAGAAGUUCGGUUUCAAGGGAAGCUUCACCAUUGGCCACCUUGCUCACCGCCAUGUUCUCAUAAGGUUCGAAUGAGAAGAAGACUUCCUACGCUGCUGGCUGAGGCAAAGCUGGAUGAUUUCCGGACUUGAAAUGAGAAUCACAAAAUGGACUACAUCAUUCCUACCAGGUAAGGAAUCCUCUAUCACCCCUGUUUGGAUCUAUUUUUUAGGUCUCCCUGUCCACCUACAUGAUCGAGCUGCUAUGCUCUCUAUUGCAAAUAUCAUCGGGCGACCCCUCCUUGUGGACAAACAGACAGCCACUCUUUCUAGGCCAUCGCUAGCAAGAGUGUGUGUAGAAUUGGAUGUCAAUGCCGAACGAAUCCACACCAUCUGGAUUCAGCAAGGCAAAUGAGGUUUUUCUCAAGAGGUCUCUUAUGAAGACACUCCCUUCUACUGUAUUUCCGGCAACACGCUGGGACACUCCAACUGUAACAAAGGAAAGGAAAAGGCUUCCUCUUCCGAGGACAUGGCCACCAAGGCACAACAUCCUAACCUCCCUCCUAAAACCAAACUCUCAAAAAACCCUUCCACAAUUCCUAACACAGAAAGAACCCC